CCCCCUGAUCCACCCACUAGUCGUGACUUGGAAACUGUUGGACGUGCAACUAGAUAAGAUUCACUUUCAAUUUCCUCGAAGAUGGCUCCCUUGAAAUACUAUUACUACCCCGAAGGAGCCCCUAAUAGAGCUGCUUUACUAACUAUUCGGAAUCUUAACUUGGACGCUGAAGUAAUUUUUGUGGAUCUCCGAAAAGGAGAACAUCUAGCGGAGAAAUUUGUAAAAUUAAAUCCCCAAAGGUGUAUGCCGCUCUUGGAUGAUGAUGGCUUCAUCCUUUGGGAAUCAAGAGCAAUCUCACAGUAUUUAGUGACAACAAGAGCUCCUGGGAGUCCCCUUUAUCCCACUGAUCCCAAGAAGAGGGCUACUGUUGAUGCAAGACUUCAUUUGGAUUGCACACUGCACGCAAUUUCUAGGUCUUUUUUCUAUCCCAUUCAUUCUUUGGGUGAGACAAAAAUCCCCGAUCCGCCGAAGCAGAGACUCUACAAACUUCUUGGACAUUUGAACGACAUGAUGGAGGGUCAGAAAUUUGUAGCAGGAGACGAACCUACAAUUGCGGACUUUUCACUUCUAGCUUCCUUUUCAACCUACUAUCACGCUGGAGCUAAUGUAAGAGAUCUGAGGAAUUUGAUGGCUUGGUAUAGGAGAUGCGAAGCCCUACCUGGAUUUCAGGAAAACGAAAAGGAAGCUCGAGCUUUUGGGCAAAUGUUUAAAUCCAAAAUCAGCGUAAAAGAUCAUUGGGAUGAAUAACCUGUAUUGUUCUUUAAUUUUUU